AUGGCGACGUUCCUCUACGCCGGUCUAGCUCUGGCCGCCCUCGCCUCCGCCUCGCCAGUCCCAGCCCUCUUCGAUCGUGCCACGGAUCUCUCUUCUUGUCCGGGCUACAAGGCAAGCAAUGUCAAGACCUCAGGCACUGGGCUCACGGCUAGCUUGAGCUUGGCGGGUACGGCUUGCAACGCUUAUGGGACGGAUUUGACAGACUUGACGUUGACGGUGGAGUAUCAGAGUGAGCAGAGGUUGCAUGUCAAGAUUCAGGAUGCGGCGAACCAAGUCUACCAAGUACCCUCCUCCGUCUUCACCCGCCCCUCAGCCUCCAAUGGCUGCAGCCCCGACAGUUCCGACCUCAUCUUCAACUACAUCGAAUCCCCCUUCAGCUUCUCCGUCGUCCGCCGAAGCAACAACGAGACCCUCUUCGACACAAGCGCUGCCUCUCUGAUCUUCGAGAGUCAAUACCUCCGUCUUCGCACUUCCCUGCCCAGCACCCCGAGCUUGUACGGUCUAGGCGAGCACACGGACCCGUUCCAGCUGAAUACGACGAAUUACACUCGUACGAUCUGGAAUCGUGAUGCUUAUCUUACUCCGGAGGGCACGAAUUUGUAUGGAGAUCAUCCGGUCUACUUCGACAACCGCAAUGCCAAUGGUACGCACGGCGUUUUCUUGCUCAACUCCAAUGGCAUGAACAUCAUCCUCGAUAACCCAAAUGGCGAGCAGUAUCUCGAGUACAACACUCUCGGUGGUGUGCUGGACUUUUACUUCCUCUCUGGUCCGUCUCCUGUGGCAGUAGCUCAGCAGUACUCUGAGGUCGUGGGCAAGAGCGCCAUGAUGCCAUACUGGGGCUAUGGUUUCCACCAGUGCAGAUACGGCAUGCAAGACGUCUACGAAGUUGCUGAGGUGGUUUCGAAUUACAGCAUUGCAAACAUCCCGCUUGAGACUAUGUGGACGGAUAUCGAUUACAUGUAUCUCCGUCGCGUCUUCACACUCGACCCAGAUCGCUACCCAUUGGAGAAAGUGAGAGAGCUGGUGAAUUACUUGCAUACCCAUCAGCAGCACUACAUCGUCAUGGUCGAUCCGGCCGUAGCGUAUCAGGACUACCCAGCUUUCAACAACGGCGUCGACACCGAUUCUUUCCUGAAAGAGGCGAAUGGGAGUGUAUACAAGGGCGUCGUAUGGCCGGGUGUCACAGCUUUCCCGGAUUGGUUCGCUCCCAAUACUCAAGGAUACUGGAAUGGGCUCUUCGACUCUUUCUUCAAUGCUGAUACUGGUGUAGACAUCGAUGCUCUAUGGAUCGAUAUGAAUGAGGCCUCGAACUUCUGCGUCUACCCAUGUACCGAUCCCGAGGCUCAGGCUACUGCCAUGGGUGAUCCUCCUCGCCCACCGGCGAUUAGGUUGGGUGCUCCAAGAGCGAUCCCUGGCUUCCCAGCGGACUUUCAGCCGGUGUGCAAGGCGGAGGUGACGUUCAAUGUCAAUGCCAGCACAUUCUAUGGCGAGAACAUCUUGGUCCUGGGCUCGGCAAUCACGAUUGGCAACAAUGAUGUUACGAAUGCUGCUCCGUUGAACGCGAACAACUACCCAAUCUGGGGCGCCACAAUUGAUAUGCCGCCGAACACGAAUGUCACAUACCAAUUCGUCCGCGCCGAGCCGGAUGGCUCAUAUGUCUACGAGGCGCAGAAUCACACGAUCAUGACUGGGCCAUGUAACAGCACAAAUCAGAGCACACACGACACGAUCACGACUUCCUCUCCGGCCCAGAGCUCGACCAAGCUACGUAGAGAGGUAUUGGCGCCUUUCACCAAUGCUCACGGCGCCCCUCUGCAGAAGAGACAGAGCAGCGGUGACCAGACUGGCCUGCCGGGUAGAGACUUAAUCAACCCCGAGUACACGAUCGACAACGCAGCAGGCAGCAUAAGCAACAAGACGUUGGACACGGAUCUCGUCCAUUCUGGCGGUUGGACCGAGUACGACGCGCACAACUUGUACGGCGCUAUGAUGUCGGAGAGCUCGCGGAUUGCUAUGCUUUCUCGUCGUCCUACUCUCCGACCUAUGAUCAUCACUCGCUCGACAUUUGCAGGUUCUGGCAGACAAGUCGGCCACUGGCUUGGUGACAACGGGGCUGACUGGUCUCACUAUCUGAUCUCCAUCUCCGAGAUCCUUGAGUUCGGUGCCCUGUUCCAGGUUCCGAUGGUCGGCGCUGAUGUUUGUGGCUACGCUGGCGUAACGAACGAGCUUCUCUGCGCUCGAUGGGCAACCCUGGGUGCUUUCAGCCCCUUCUACCGCAACCAUCAGGAAUCUGGCAGCCCACCGCACGAGUUCUAUCGCUAUCCUCUCGUUGCCGAAGCUGCACGUAAUGCCAUCGCUAUCAGGUACCAGCUCCUCGACUACCUCUACACAGCCUUCUACGAGCAGAACCAGACGGGUACUCCCUGCAUUCAACCUAUGUUCUUCGCCUACCCUGAGGACAAGAACACGAACAGUCUAGGCCACCAGUACUUCUUCGGUCCUGGUAUAUUGGUUGCUCCUGUCACGGAAGAGAACAGCACUAGCACUACGAUCUACAUGCCCAACGAUAUCUUCUACGACUACUACACCCACGCUACCGUCCGCGGCACCGGCUCGAAUGUGGCUUUGGACAACAUCGCUUACACCAGUAUCCCCCUCUACUACAAAGGCGGCAAUAUCAUCGCUCAGCGUGCUAGUUCCGCAAACACAACCACAGAGCUUAGGAAACAAGAUUUCAACAUUGUCAUCGCGCCUGGCUUGAACGGCACAGCGACAGGAAACUUGUACCUCGAUGACGGUGUUUCCCUUGAGCAGCCGGCUACGAGUCUCAUUACGUUCACGUAUACCGCCGAUGGCAAGUUCGCGAUGUCCGGAAGCUUUGGGUACGAUGCUAGUGUUAGUAUCACUAGUAUUACUGUGCUUGGCUCUGGAUCGUCGUCGUCGUCGUCAGCGGGGGCGACGACGAGUAGCAAGUUUGUUACGAGUGGGAAGGCGAGUACGAGGGUUGAGACGACGAUUCCAUUGACUGGGCCGCAUAGCGUGCAGCUCUGA